AUGGUAACCGCUGACAGUUACUCAGAUUUUGUGGAAGUAGAUUUUUUGAAUAAUACUAAGACAACAACCAUUAUUAGUGCUUGCAAACGUAAUUUUGCUCGCCACGGCAGUCCAGAGGUGGUGGUCACAGACAACGGUCCACAGUUUGACAAUGAAGAAUGGCUUAAGUUUGGACGUCAAUGGGAUUUUGCACCUGUAACCUCGUCUCCCUAUCAUGCACAAGGAAAUGGAAAGUCGGAGUCGGCAGUGAAAGCAUUAAAGCAACUGUACCGAAAGUGUGCAAAAAGCGGUACAGACUUCUGGAGAGCUUUGCAACAGCAUCGCAAUACUCCGAACGCCGUUGGAUUAAGUCCGAACCAAAGAUUAUGUUCAAGAGAUACUAGGAGUACAAUACCAGUUGUAACUAACCGUUUAAGGCCACCACAAGCGUCUCAUGUGGAUGAAAGUAUCCGACAUAAAAGGACUGUUACUAAGAUGAGCUACGAUAAGAAAGCGAAGAAGCUACCAGAGUUGCAGAUUGGAGCGAAUGUUUUGGUACAACGGAGGCCUGACCUGCAGUCAACAUGGGAACAAGCUAUUUUGCGGCGGCGACAUGAAGAUCAAUCGUGUGAAGUGCAAACGAAUGAGGGUGCUGUAUAUCGUAGAAGUGCAGUACACGUAAAACCAGUGCCAACAACUAGCCAAGCCGCACAAGUAGAAAAUCAGCAUAAUGUGCAGCCUAAGCAACAAGGAAACUUGAAUCAUCAGCAAUCAAUGAGGCAGUGCGGCGAUAAUGAGCAUCGUGACUCGACGAAUGUUCCAGAAAAACGUAUUUUUGAACGACGUGACUACAACAAGGGCAAUCCACAUGGCGCUGGAGCUUGGUCACCGCCACAGGCUGAACAGCAGUCGUCUCGCGCGUUGGGCAUGGAUGGCAGGCUCAAUGCAGCCAUAGAAGAGAGUGAUAUCCCGUUGUCGUCUAUAGCAGCUCGACCUAGGCGAGAGGUAGUUAAGCCGAAGCGGUUUUCAGAUUAUUUGAUGUAA